GGAGGGGUUUGACGCCCAACGCGACCAUCUCAUGAAGGCUGAGUUGAAUCCCAUGUCGCUGAGGGGGCGCGGUUCUCACCAUCUUGCGCUCCUAUCCAUCAUUACGACGUUCUGUCCUCGUCACUACGCUCCUUCUCUUCGUCCCAUUGCUGUUGACCACCACCGCGAUGGUCCAGCCCAUCACGCUCCUUGUUUUGCUGCUAUGCGCUCUGCUUGCUGGGACGGUGGACGCCCUCGGCCCGCUCUUUGGCGGCUUCUCGGGCAACGACGUGCCUGCCUCGACGGGAAUCGACCUGCUCUAUCAAAAUGACCUCAACUGGGCUCAGACUUCGCAGCAUAAGAGCCAACUCCUUCUCAGGACAGCCCAAACCUUCACCGCCGCAAAAACGUCAUGCGACACCCUGUCGGAAGACUUGGCAGAAAUUGCGGACAACGACGCUGACUUGCGGAAACAGUUCUCGUACCUCAUCUAUCGCGGCACCUACGCCUCCGGUCAGAACUUCUGGGUGGGCAACGACGGCCAAUCCAUCCUCAAGCUCGCGAGCGAUGGCAGCUGGUCGAUCAGAGAAAGCAGUAAUGCUACGGUUCGCUACCCAGUGCUCUGCACACAGUCUGCCAAACGUACCUUUGCCAACGAGACGGACACAUCGGACAGGUGGCAAGUCAGCGUUGGGAGUGGGCCGACUUUCAUAGGCUACCGUGACGGGGUCAGCUUCCGAUUCGGCGCCAUUCCGUAUGCUCAGAAUACGCAGCGCUUUACCUACUCGACGCCCUCAACGAGCAAGGGGGUCAUCGAUGCUACCGCGGCCACGCGAGGCAAGCAAUGCCCGCAGACGUCCGGGACAGACUCGCCGUGGGCGGAGCAGUGUCUCGUGCUCAACCUCUUCACCCCUACGCUGCCUGGUAAGACGUCGUCGUCCAAGGGCAGGCUGCGGCCGGUCAUGGUUUGGAUUCACGGAGGAGGGUUCAAUGCGGGCUCUGGGCUGGAUGACACCUUCGAUGGCGGGCUGGUGGCGUCGCGCGGUGACGUCGUGGUGAUCAAUAUCAACUAUCGCCUUGGCUCGCUCGGCUUCCUCGCCACGGGUAACAACAUCAAGGGCAAUUUCGGAUUCGCGGAUAUCAUAACGGCCCUCAAGUGGGUCAAGGCCAAUGUAGCUACCUUCGGCGGAGACCCCAGCAAGGUCACUGUAGCAGGACAGAGCGCCGGCGCACAACUCGUUGAACUCCUCAUCGGUGCACCAGACGCAGCAGGCCUCUUCCAACGAGCCAUCAUUCAGAGCGGGCGGCCUGCCGACUCCCACAACACGUUCAAGACGAUCGCGGCGGUCAAGACGCAAACGGAUGCCGUGGUCAAGAAUGUGGGGUGCGACACUGCGCUAGAUGUGGACUCGUGCCUGCGUACCGUGCCGACCGAUCGCUUCCUCUCUGGCGCAAAGUUCUCCAGCCCAGUUGUGGAUGGGGCAUUCAUUCGGCAGUCCAAGUAUGUGCUCUCGGGUCAGGGAGGGAGCGCCAACCGAGUCCCAGCGAUCAUUGGCUACAUGCGCGACGAGAAAGCCUCAUUAGGCUACGUCCCGCCUGCUACUGAGACGGACCUCAACAAGACCAUGCGUGACGCCGGCAUCCCCAUCCGCGACCGGCAGAUUGUCCUCGCCCGGCCAGCCGUCUUCAGCACCUCCUCCAUCCAGAACACAACUGUCACCGUCGAGACCAACAACGGCACCGUCUCUCGCUGCGGCCUGAGCGCGACAGCCUACUCGGCCAUUAAUCGCAAAGUGCUGCCCAAGGUGUGGGCCUACACGCAAGAUCAGCGCGCCUACCAGAUUCCCAACUACGAUCCGUACGCCGUCUGCCAGCCUAGCGCGCCAGGAGCGAGUGCGGGCAAUCCGUCGUCGUACUACUUCUGCCAUUCGGGUGAUCUACUCCCCACAUUCGGCACGGCGGGCUACAUGUUCCACAUGAAUCCGCGCGACAACGAUGAUGUGACGUGGGUGCGUAACCAGAUCGAUCAAUGGACCUCCUUCAUUCGAACAGGGGAUCCGAACCCGGCGAGCGCGUACACGAACGCAAGGGGGUAUGGCGCUAUCAGCGGGGACUAUUGGCCGAGCGUGAGUGGGGUCAACGGGGCCAAGAUGAUGAGCUUGGGGCCAAGGCAGAGGGUGGUGGAUCUGCGGCAACGUAGGGAGCAGUGUGAGGCGAUUGGGCUGCCCGUCGACUACAUUGUACGCGGCGGGUAGAGGGGGGCAAAGACACAGAGAAGUGGUGAGAAUGGGUGCACCUUGUAUACUGGAGAGCUUGCUUGUAUUUCAUAUACAGCUGCGUUGCUUGAUACCAUUUCUUUGCUUGGUCGAC